UCUCCUGCUGCCAUGGGGCCCUGCACGCCUCUCCUCAUCUUGUUCCUUUUGUCACGGCUGCGACCCCUUCAAGGACAGCAGCACCACCUUGUGGAGUACAUGGAACGCCGACUAGCCGCCUUAGAGGAACGGUUGGCCCAGUGCCAGGACCAAAGUAGCCGGCAUGCUGCUGAGCUGAGGGACUUCAAGAACAAAAUGCUGCCGCUGCUGGAGGUGGCCGAGAAGGAGCGAGAGGCGCUCAGAACUGAGGCUGACACCAUCUCGGGGAGAGUGGACCGGCUGGAGCGGGAGGUUGACUAUCUGGAGACCCAGAACCCAGCACUACCCUGUGUGGAGGUUGAUGAGAAAGUGACCGGAGGCCCUGGGAUCAAAGGCAAGGGCAGAAGAAACGAGAAGUACGAUAUGCUGACAGACUGUGGCUACACAAUCUCUCAGGUGAGAUCAAUGAAGAUCCUGAAGCGGUUCGGUGGCCCUGCUGGUCUGUGGACCAAGGAUCCAAUGGGGCCAACAGAGAGGAUCUACGUGUUAGAUGGGACACAGAACGACACGGCCUUCGUCUUCCCGAGGCUGCGGGACUUCACCCUUGCCAUGGCCGCCCGGAAAGCUUCCCGGGUCCGGGUGCCCUUCCCCUGGGUAGGCACGGGGCAGCUGGUCUAUGGUGGCUUUCUUUAUUAUGCCCGGAGACCUCCCGGAGGACCCGGAGGGGGAGGGGAGUUGGAGAACACUUUGCAGCUCAUCAAAUUCCAUCUGGCAAACCGAACGGUGGUGGACAGCUCAGUAUUCCCGGCGGAGGGUUUGAUCCCCCCAUACGGGCUGACAGCGGACACGUACAUUGACCUGGCAGCCGACGAGGAGGGCCUCUGGGCUGUCUAUGCCACUCGGGAAGAUGACAGGCACUUGUGUCUGGCCAAGUUGGACCCACAGACGCUGGACACAGAGCAGCAGUGGGACACCCCGUGCCCCAGGGAGAAUGCCGAGGCCGCCUUCGUCAUCUGUGGGACCCUAUACGUUGUCUAUAACACCCGCCCUGCCAGCCGGGCCCGCAUCCAGUGCUCCUUUGAUGCCAGUGGCACGCUGACCCCUGAAAGGGCGGCACUCCCUUAUUUCCCCCGCCGAUACGGUGCCCACGCCAGUCUCCGCUAUAACCCCCGGGAGCGCCAGCUCUACGCCUGGGACGACGGCUACCAGAUUGUCUAUAAGCUGGAGAUGAGAAAGAAAGAGGAAGAAGUCUGA